AUGAGCAGCCGCGAGCAGCCUCGAGGGUAUCCUCCCAAGGAGCCUCCGGCUUCUAGGUCACGACGGCCGGCUGAAGAUGCUCGCAAUGAUGCGGGGGCGGGUCGUGGGGGUGGUACGAUGUCGAGGGCACAAAUGUUCCAGGACGAGAAGCGGAGAAUUAUCCAGAGCUGCUUCUCAAAGAAGGAUAGUGAUGGUGUCUUAGCCGAGUCUUACAUCACGCAUAUCCGCAUCACAGAAGAUGCUGCAUAUCCAUCAACCCCUGCUCCGCCGAAUUCGCCGCCCGAAAACAAGAAGCCGCGGUUGAUCAUCGUUGCUCUGAGGAAGUCCGGCCGGGUGCGCAUGCACAAAGCUCGUGAAAACAAUGAUGGAUCGUUUUCGAUUGGCAAAACUUGGAUGUUGGACGACUUGGUCUCUAUACAGUCGUACACAGACCUGCCGGCCACCACACAGCUGGAGCAGCAGCAGAAGCAGUGGGCUUCGAAUGUGGGCUUUGUGGUCACCAUCGGAAAGCCGUACUAUUGGCAAGCGGCGAACUACAAAGAGAGGGAUUUCUUCAUUGCCAGUCUCGUGAAAAUCUAUAAAAAGUACACGGGCGGCAGGGUCCCGAAACUGAUCGGCUUCGAUGAACGCCAACGGCAGAUGCUUAUCGGUGACACCAGCCAGGGGUCGUCCCAGCCUGAGGCCUCUGAGAAUCCCCAGGGAUCACAGGCCCCGCAGCCCGACCAGCAGAGUUCGCAAUAUUCGAAUCGCGCUCCCAGUCGCGAAGGGAAAAGGGAUCUGAGACUGCAACCAUCGGAGGAACAGUUCCUAAAAAGCCAACGGAGUCGAGAUCAGAUACCCAGACCUUCUACUGGUCAAUCUCCGGCAAAAAUCGGGCCUCAGGUGCCAAAUCAGCGGGAAGAGCCCUCUUCCAAAUUGAAUGGACGCUUGGAGAGCGACAGGAUGGCUGGCCCUCCCAAGUCUCAAUUGGAUUCAAAAUCAGACUUUUCUGUUCGCUCACCCGUGGAUUCGUCCCCUGAGUCAACUAGAACUAGGCCUAGAGGCGUGGAAGACAGGACAACUGACUCCCGGCAGGGUGGGAGACCCCCGCCGUCGCGUGACGGGAAAGAAACACCUGAAUACAAGCCCUUUCAAGGGUUGGACGUCAAUAAAGAACCUGUGCCACCUUCUACAUCUGGCUCUGUUACUUCAGACCACACGCCUUCUGGAAGCAUCGGUCAGAGAACAUUUUUGACUGAUAGCAGUGACAAGCUGUCCAGACCUUCCAGCAGACAGGAUGGUGGGCCACCUUCUAGGGGCAGUGACAGAUCCAACCAAACACCACGAAAUCUCGACGUCGAAAUACCGCCUUCUCUUCGGCCGGGUUCUUCUGGAAGCGUGAGUACGAAGCCCCCUUCAGAAUCGACACGGCCGCCCCCAGAAGCACAGCCGACGAAACCUCCUCCAGAGCCGACGGCUGUUCCCUCCAAAACGACAGAGCCGGCGGCUGCUCCCUCCAAGAUGACAGAGCCGACGACUGCUCCCUCUAAAACGACAGAGCCGACGGCUGCUCCCUCCAAAACGACCGAGUCGACGGAGGCCCCGCCCCAGAGCACAGUCAGUGCACCGCCCGCUGAACCCUCUGCCGAACCUCCAGCGACCUCGCCGCCUACUAGUCCGCCAGAGAAACCUGAAACGCAACCUCCCGAAGAAAAGGAAGAGGUUCACCGUCCCGGUCUGGGGCCUAUGGUUAAGAAAAAGUCUGCAAAAGAUGUUGCGGGUGCUUUCCGCAAGGCAGCGAACGCGUAUAGCGCUUUCAAACCGCGACCAGGCGGUGCUGGGGAGAGGCUUAUGAAACAAAGGAACCAGACCCCGUCUAAUGAACCAGACGGCAUUACGAGCGUUGUCCCUGCUCCUUCGCUUCGCGCUCUGAAUAACGAAGCCAACAAAACACCUGCUAGUCCAUCGACAACAAGCCAACCUGCACCUUCCACCACAACGUCUUCUGGGCAAGAGCCUCCCAAAGUCGAGAUCACGCGAGCUGGCACCGAUGAUGCUGCUCAGCCAACCACUGGGGAUGAGACGAAAGAGGCUCUCUCCGCAGGCGCAACAGAGACCACAGAAGAGAGGUCCAGAUCGAGGUCAAGAUCACCUUCCCAGGAACGGCGUCGGAAACGCCGUGAAGAUAAUACGGUCAAGUAUUGCCAGGCUCUGGGCAUCGAUCCCAGCCUCCUUGAAGGGCGUGGCGCCGAAUUUGACGAUAUUCUCACGGAUUUGGGUUGGAACGGUCGGUUGAGUGAUGACAAGAAGAUCGAAGAUCUCGAGGCCGAUAUCCGGCGACAGAUUGGCAGGGUACAAGCUACCAGCUGGCUGGGGAAUAUUGAGCAUCAAGAAGGGAAGAUCGACCAGCUGACAAGGCUGAUUGACAAAACCAUUGAAGAAUGCGACGAACUGGAUGGUCUUUUGACUCUGUAUUCACACGAAUUAAGCACGCUUCACGACGAUGUCGCCUAUAUUGAAGCGCAGUCUCAAGGUCUGCAGGUGCAGACCGCCAACCAGAAGCUGCUUCAAAAUGAACUUCAAAAUCUUCUCAAGACUCUGUCGAUCUCUUCCGAAGACCUGCGGCCGCUCAAAGAAGCUUCUUUAAGCAACCCGGACGGUAUCAAAGAAACAGAAACGGUUCUGUCAAUGUUGUAUAAGGCCAUGUUGAUGAUCGAUUCGGACAUCCGUCAAAAUAAGAAGCGCAUGGCUGAUGCUGCCGGUGAUCACAGCGGUCUUGGCGUUUACGCUGACACAGAAGUGGGCCAAAUGCGCGCUAUCAGAGAGAAGAAGGAAGAGUACCGUGUCGAAGCUGGUCUCUUCUUGCAACGGCUUAAACAGUUCAUGUCUGUUGCUUUCAAAGUGGCUGAGCAGAAGAGAGCUAACGCUGCGGCGAAUUCCAACAAAGAUCCUCUGAAGCUGGAUAGCACCUCUCGGGACCUCGCUCGUCAAGAGCUGUGGAUGUACAAUGCCCUGAUGCUCUUUGCUCGCGAGGUCAGCUCCAAGGAGUGGACCGCAAUCAUCAGUUUGUAUGAACAAGAGGCUAAAGGUCCAUACCAAAAUGAGUUCCGGGAUCACUGCAGUUCCUGGAAGAAGGCUGCGAAAAAGCCAACAGGCGAGGAACAUGAACUGCUUUUUACACAUCAUGAAAAGGAAAAAGAUAUCGAUGGUAUUGCGACUGCGGCUCGUAAAUUGACUGUGAGGAGAGGCAAGACCGUCCGCGUUACCGGGGGUUUGCGGUUGUCCAUUAGCGAAAAACGACAGACUGGGAAGAUGGAGCCCUUUGAGGUGUUCGCCGGUGCUCUACAGGAGACGCUCAGGGUGAUCUCUGAAGAGCAGAACUUCGCAGUUCAAUUUUUCCACCUGAGUUCCCUCUCGAAUGCCGAGUUUCCCGAUAUUGUGGCCGCCAGCAAUCCCGAAGACCGAAAGCGUCCAGAUUUGAGUGUGAAGCACUCGCACGAUCCUGACCGUGACCUGGCUAAGAAAGUCGAACAGAUGAUGGAUGGCAUCUAUUCCUUCUGGCAAACUGACAUGCAAAACCUUGUGGAGUGGGUCAUCAAGACCGAUCAACUGCAAGGGGUCGGAGUGCUGGCUGCGCUGGAAAGGGCCAUCUCCGAGUUUGAAGACACAAACCAAGACUUCAUUGUCCAUUCCCUGCAGAAACUACAUUCUCGCCUGAACGGGCUCUUCAGCCGAUUUGUGGACGAACAGAUCCGAGGAAUUGAGGAGACCAAAGUCAAAGUGAACAAGAGAAAAGGAGUCAUUUCGUUCAUGAGGAUUUUCCCCAAUUUCUCGGCCGCCGUCGAGAACAUGUUGGCCUACCCAUCGCAAGAAUUCUCUGAGAUCCGGUUAAGUGUCAACGAAGCUUACAACAAGAUCAAUCGUGCCAUGUGGGAGAGUCUGAAGUUUAUCGCAAAGGAAGCGCCGGGUCAAGCGCCGGGUGCGACUACUGGGGCCACCGAUCCGGAAGAUAAGGAGGCGCUCAACUAUCACAUUCUUCUCAUUGAGAACAUGAACCACUACAUCGAAGAAGUUGAUGUCCGUGGGCUUCCUGUUCUGGAGAAAUGGCGCGAUCGAGCGAUCCAAGACUACCACGAACACAUGAAGCUGUACAUGGAUGCCGUGAUCCGUCGUCCACUGGGUAAACUGCUCGAGUUCAUCGAGUCGACGGAGUCUCUUCUCGCAACCACCAGCAACCCUAGCGACAUUGCCGCACGCGCCAGCCACUCGAAGAAUGUGGCGAGGAAAUUGGUCUCGUCCUAUGACUCGAAGGAACUGCGGCGUGGCGCUGACCUGUUGAAGAAACGGGUGGAGAAGCAUUUUGGAGAUGCGGACGAUCCUGGACUGAGUCGGAGUUUGGUGAGCAAGGUGUAUAAGGAGUGUGAGGCACGAUAUGCCGACACGUACGACCGUCUCAAGCGAAUCAUCGACUCUGUUUACGAUGGCCAGAUCGAACUGGAGUGGAGCAAGGAGGAGGCUGUAGCCAUGUUCCGAAGAGUCUGA